UCAUACAGAUUUCUUUCUCCCAACUAAUAAAGAUUGUAUUUUCUUCCAUAUUUGAAGCAUACAUUGAUCAAUGGCAUCUACUUCAACUUCAUCCAUUCAAAAGAGCUUCAAGUACGAUGUCUUUUUGAGUUUCAUGGGUGAAGACACCCUUACGACCUAUGUUGAUCCUCUCUAUCAUGCUCUUCUGGAGAAAGGUAUUACAACUUACAAAGCUGAUGAAAAAAUCGAGAAAGAGGGAAGGAUACAUGAUCAGCUCAUCCGAUCUAUUCAAGACUCGAGGUUUCACAUAGUUGUAUUCUCCAAGAACUAUGCAUCUUCAUCAUGCUGCUUAGACGAGUUGGUGGAGAUUAUCAAGUGCCAGAAGACAGCCGAGCAGACUGCUUACCCCGUCUUCUUUGAUGUGGAACCUACUGAAGUCGGCAACCAAAGUGGGCUAGUUGGAGAAGCAUUUUCCAAACUUGUUGCUAAACAUGAAAAGGGAAGCGGGAUGUUCUCCUUCUUUAAACUGUUCACAAGGAAGAGGAAGAGGACGUCAGAAGAUGUAGAUCUGGAAAAGGAAGAUAAUGUUGGAAGAUGGAGAAAUGCUCUCAAAGAAGCAGCUAGCCUGGCUGGGAUGGAGUUAAAGAACACUUUCAAUGGGCACGAAGCUAAAUUUGUCCAACAAAUUGUUGAAGAGGCUUCGCUAAAUCUAAAAUUCUUUAAUUUGAGUGUUGAUGGGAAAUUAGUAGGCAUGGAAACCCAGGUGAUUGGGGUCCAAGGGAUGGGAGGUGAAAGCUUUGUUGAGGACGUUAGGGAAAUUUCAAAAGGCUCUGUUAGAAAGAGGUUCAAGUAUGAUGUAUUUUUGAGUUUCAGGGGUGAAGACACCCGUAAGACCUUUGUUGAUCAUCUCUAUCAUGCUCUUGACCGUAGAGGCAUUACCACUUACAAAGACGAUGAAAAAAUCAAGGGAAAAGGAUCAAUGAUCAGCUCAUGAGAUCCAUAGAAGACUCGAGAAUAUACAUCAUUGUUUUCUCCAAGAACUAUGCGUCUUCAUCGUUGUUGGA